AUUAGUAUAAAAACUGGGCGAAAAUUUCUUCGUAACAUUAUCAAGCUUGCAUUCAAACAAUUAACAUGUUCAAAGCUGUUCUUCUGGUCUGCGCUCAGGCGCUCCUGAUCCAGUCUAUUGCUGGACAGUACAUCGGAGCUGGAUAUGGCGCCGCUCCUUACGGUAUCGGCGCUCCUUUUGCUGGUGGUUGUGGUUGCGGAGUUGCUGCGAUCCCUGCCUCUAGCGGUGGUGGUCUCGGUGUUUCCAGUGCGUCUGCUAUCCCACCAAGCGGAGUAUCUGUGCUCUCAGAAAACGCUUAUGAAGGAGCUCUUGCAGUCUCCGGUGCUCUGCCGUUCUUAGGAACCGUCGCUCUGGAAGGUGCUCUGCCAACUGCUGGAGCGGGUGCUGUCAAUUACGGAUGUGGUAACGGAGCCGUCGCCAUUGUGGAGGAACUCUCUCCCGCUGGUAUUGCUGGCCCAUUCGGCUACGGCCUUGGUCCUUAUGGUGCUCUUGACGGUAUCGGAUACCCUAGUCUCGGCUACGGCAUCGGACCUCUGGCUGGUCCUUACCGCGCAGGUUGUGGUUGUGGUGGCCUCAUCUAAGAACUUCCAGUAAAAAUAUCUUACGUUAACUAAAUGAAUUUGUAAGAAUUUAUCUAAUCUUGUUAACAUUAAAUUUAAAUAUCACAAAUAUAUUUAAUGAAUGAA